AAAAACAGGGCCUAACAAGCAAAGGGACAGUGUUGUGUAACCAUUGCGCUAAGUGACUUGUGAGGGUUCUUUUUAUACAGAAAUCGGAUCUACAGAAAAAAAAAAAAAAUCCUUUUUUAAUUUGAGUUUUUAUUGAACCUCUUUCAAGUAUGGCUGCAGCUAUAACACAGAGAUGCAUCCUUCUUUCCCAGAGUUUGUUCCUUAGAUCUCGGUCUAUGAUCUCUAAGCAAACGCCGCUGAGGACACUGAGGCCGGGACAGCGGCACUCGGCCUGCGGAUUUAGCCGAGCUUUUAGCUCAUCUACCGGGACACUCAGAUCAGAAGACAAAGUAACAGUCCAUUUCAUAAACAGAGAUGGAGAAAAUAUCACAACUGAGGGGAAAAUUGGCGAUUCUUUAUUAGAUGUUGUUGUUAACAAAAAUCUGGAUAUUGAUGGAUUUGGUGCCUGUGAAGGAACUUUGGCAUGUUCCACCUGCCAUUUAAUCUUUGAAGAGAACAUCUUUAAGCAGCUGGACCCAAUCACUGAUGAGGAAAUGGACAUGCUGGACUUGGCUUAUGGACUCACUGAAACCUCACGUUUGGGCUGCCAGAUCUGCCUUUCGAAGUCAAUGAAUGGUAUGACAGUAUCGGUGCCGGAGGGUGUGUCUGAUGUCAGACAAGCUGCAGAUAUGGGAUCUACUCCUUAACCCUAGUGAAAUUCCUUGAGAUUCAUAGUGAUUAAUAGAUUCCUGUAAUUACAGGGAUGGUAGAAUAGAAAGAAGACAGGUGGCACACAGGUGUCAUUGUCCAUCAAUUCAACAGUACAUGAAAUCAGGACUUAAAGGA